UGAUAAGUAAAGAGUUAACAUCCCAGAGUGUUGUGCUUCAUCCUUCUUGCUGCAAAGUGAAACACAAGCUGAUGUUUAGAUAUUCAGGACCUAAGCUAUUCAUGGCAGGACGUCUAGCUCUGCGUUCAGCCGAGCCAACGGCUGUUCAAGUGUUCCUUGGGUCCACCACAGCCAGUCUGAACUUAAAGAGAAAUGCAGGUGGAAAUGCUACACCUCUUGGGAGUAUCAAGACUGAGGCUGACCUCACUGAGAUCACUCUUCCGACAAUACUGUACAGGAUGAUCUUUAAAGGGUACUACAAUCGCAUGCAUGAGCUGCAGUUAUAUGAAAAGCAGUUGUAUGGACCCAUGUUUAAAGUAAGAGGUGGCAACACGCAUGCAAUUUCGCUGAAUAGUGUGGAGCUGCUGGAGGAGCUGAUGAGGAAAGAUGAUAAAUUCCCUAGCAGAGGAGACAUGACUAUCUGGACUGAAUACCGAGAUAUGAACGGUUUGGGUUAUGGUCCUAUCACUGAAGAAGGAGAAAAGUGGUACAAACUCCGAUCGGUGUUGAACAAGCGUAUGCUGCAUCCAAAGGACUCUGAGCAGUAUGAGAAUAUGAUUAAUGAGGUUGUCACAGAUUUUAUCAAACGUGUAUACCAUUUACGAAAAAUGAGCUCCACUGGAGACCUGGUACCCAACAUAUCCAAUGAGAUGUACCGUUUCACUUUAGAAGGAAUCGCCCGCAUACUGUUUGAGACUCGUAUUGGUUGUCUUGAGAAUGAGAUUCCAGCAGAGACUCAAAACUUCAUUGACUCCAUCGGCCAGAUGUUGACUCAGAUCAUGGCUUUGUCUCUGUUACCCAAGUGGACUCGCAAUUAUUUGCCAUUCUGGCGGCGUUACCUAAGUGGUUGGGAUGGAAUCUUCAGAUUCGCCUGCAAGCUAAUUGACAGGAAGAUGGAGCACAUUCAGAUGCGCCUGGAUGCAGGUCAGGAAAUUGCAGGAGAGUAUCUCAGCUACUUGCUUUCCAAGACCAACAUGAGCAAAAAAGAUGUGUAUGGGAGCGUUAGUGAGCUGCUCCUGGCAGGAGUAGACACAACAUCCAACACUAUGAUGUGGGCCUUGUACCUGCUGUCACAAGAUCCAAAGGCACAGGAAACACUGUAUCAGGAAGUUAACAGCAUCAUCAAAGGGGACAAAGUUCCAACAGCUGAGGACAUAAACAGCAUGCCCUACCUCAAGUCUGUCAUCAAGGAGACUCUAAGAAUGUACCCAGUCGUUCCCAUGAACUCACGCCUUUUAUCAGAAAACGAUGUGAUUAUCGGAGGACACUUCUUCCCUAAGAAGACCACAUUUAUAAUGAAUCAUUAUGCAAUCAGUCAUGAUGAGACAGUAUUCCCUGAACCAAGAGUCUUCAAGCCUGAACGAUGGUUACGAGAUGGGAGAGAGCGACCUAUUCCUUUCGGAUCCAUUCCAUUUGGGUUUGGAGUGAGGGGGUGUGUUGGUAAACGGAUUGCUGAACUGGAAAUGCACUUGGCUCUGGCAAGGAUAAUAAAACUGUUUGAAGUCAAGCUGGAUCCCAGUGUGGGAGAGGUCAAAUCUCUCAGUCGUACUGUGCUUGUUGCAGACAAAACAGUCAAUUUUCAUUUUCUGGAGCGGAAACUCAUGUAACGACUUAAAACUGUUCUGAGCUUUAACAUCAACCAAACUAAGCCACAGAAGAAAUCUAUACACCAGCAUAAAAAAUCUUUCCAAAGCCCCUUUCUCCAGAGAGAACAGUGCUGUGGUAUCAUGCUUGGCCAAAAGUAGCCGAAUGCACAGAGACUGUAAGGAAGUCAAUGUCAGUCCUUCUACCAUUCUUUCUGCAAGUACACUCUGUAAUUUCAUUGGUGUGUGUAUGUAUUGAUGCAAAUGAAAAACACAUAGAGCAUGUAUUUUAGUGAUUUCUAUUAGUAUGUAAAGACAAUUUAAUUCAAUAUGUAUUCUUGAUAUAAAUUAAUUACAGCAGCCUUUUCACUUUUUCAGUGUAUAUAUAAUAAACGUUUGAAUAAAAAAAAAAAAUCACAUGG